AACAUAUAUGCACCUUUUAUCACUCGAUCUUAGAAAUAUAGCACCAUUCAAGAACUAUGGAGGAACUGAGAGACCAUGCAUUUCCUCUUCACACCGUUAAACCUAUGCCUCAAACAAACUUCAACCGUAUUUUUGCCCUAGUUUAUGCUUGUGCCAUCGUAGCUCUACUCUGUUACCACACAAAAACCCUAUUCUACUCCACCACCACCGUCUCUUUUUAUGUAACUUUAACCAUGUUUGUCGCUGAUCUAGUUCUUGCUUUCAUGUGGGCCAGCACGCAGGCUCUUCGCAUGCGCCCUGUUCAUCGUCAACAAUUUCUUGAAAACUUAGAGAAGAACAUGAAAAGAAGCGAAUAUCCAAAUAUAGACGUGUUUAUAUGCACUGCAGAUCCUUAUAAAGAGCCACCAAUAAGUGUAGUAAGCACAGCUUUAUCAGUAAUGGGUUAUAGUUAUCCAAGAGACAAGAUUUCUGUGUAUGUUUCAGAUGAUGGUGGCUCAGCCUUGACUCUAUUUGCUUUAAUGGAGGCAGCUAAGUUUGCUAACCACUGGUUACCGUUUUGUGAGGAGAAUAACGUAUUAGAGAGAAGCCCUGAUGCAUAUUUCAAAUCAAAUCAAUCUUUUUCCUCAGAAACUGAGAAAAUUAAGACGAUGUACGAAAGCAUGAAGUUUAAGAUAGAAACUGUGGUUGAGAGAGGAAAAGUUGAAGAUCACUACAUAAAUGGACCCCAAGAGAAACAUGCCUUCGACAACUGGACUGAUAAAUUCACAAGAAAAGACCAUCCUACUGUCAUUCAGGUUCUGUUAGAUAAUAGCAAGAACAGAGAUAUUACUGGCCUUCAAAUGCCAAACCUCAUCUAUGUCUCUAGGCAGAAAAGCAAAACGUCGCCUCAUCACUUUAAAGCUGGUGCUCUCAAUGUUCUGGUGAGAGUAUCAGCUGCCAUGACCAAUGCACCUAUUAUUCUAACACAAGAUUGUGACAUGUACUCUAACGAUCCCCAAACACCACUCCGUGCUCUCUGUUAUUUUUGUGACCCUGAUCCUGCAUUUAGGUCCAACUUAGCCUAUGUUCAGUUUCCUCAAAUAUUUCAAGGAAUCAACAAGAACGACAUCUAUGCUUGUGCAUUUAAACGUCUCUUCGAAAUCCAAUCAAUGGGAUUUGACGGGCUGUUGGGCCCAAAUUAUGUUGGUACUGGAUGCUUCUUUUCUCGAAAAGCUCUGUUUGGUAGCCCAUCAAAACCAGUUCUUCCAGAGAUACCUGAGCUAGGCCCAUGUCAUGUGGUUCACAAACCCCUCCAAUCCCAAUCAGUUUUGUCAUUGGCUCAUCAAGUUGCAAGCUGUGACUAUGAGAACCCGACUCAAUGGGGUUCCGAGAUAGGAUUUAGAUAUGGGUCUCUGGUUGAGGACUUCUAUACAGGGUAUAGGUUGCAAUGCCAAGGAUGGAAGUCAAUAUUCUGUAGACCUAAAAGGGCAGCCUUUUUUGGUCAUGCUCCUGUCUGUUUGGUUGACCUGUUGAACCAACAAAAGAGAUGGGCAAUUGGGCUUCUUGAGGUCGCAUUCUCUAAAUAUAACCCAAUUACAUUUGGAGUUAAGUCUAUGGGCCCUUUAAUGGGCUUAGGUUAUGGACAGUAUGUAUUUUGGCCCACUUGGUCAUUACCAAUCAUCACUUACGCUUUCCUUCCGCAACUAGCACUUGUCAACAAAGUAUAUAUAUUUCCAAAGGCAUCAGAACUUCCAUGGUUUCUCCUUUACGUGUUUCUAUUUCUUGGAGCUUAUGGUCAAGAUUUUGUUGACUUCCUAUCCGUUGGUGGGUGGUUCCAAUCUUGGUGGAAUGAUCAAAGAAUUUGGCUCAUAAGGGGUCUAACCUGUCAUUUGUAUGGUUCCAUAGAGUUCUUGCUCAAGACUCUCGGAAUUUCAAGAUUUGGCUUCAACUUGACAAGCAAAACAGUAGACGAUGAAGUAAGCAAAAGAUACGAGCAACACAUCUUUGAAUUUGGAAUCCAUUCUCCAAUGUUUGUCUAUUUUACAAUGGCAGCUUUCGUCAACUUGAUUUCACUUUUCCGUGGCCUGUUUCAAGUUUUCAAAGAUGGCAACUUGGAGGAAUCAUUUUUGCAGUUGCUUCUUGCGGGUUUUGCUGUUUUGAAUUGUUGGCCAAUUUAUGAAGCUAUAGCGUUCAGGACCGAUAGUGGGAAAAUGCCACUAAAAACUACUCUCAUUGCUACAUUUUGGGCAUCUUGUCUUUAUGUAGGGGCUUCUAUCAUUUUCAACUGAAGAAAGCAUCAACAGUGAUUGGCUCCAGUGUACAAUAAAUUAUAUUAAUUAUGAUGAUUAUGAUUUUUCGAUUUUCCUCCUUUUCUUGCUUAUUUUAGGGUAUUUGUAAUAAAAAUUUAUAUUUCUAA